GACAACUCUAACUGCUUCCUGCGGUGUCCUCUCUGGGUUCAUCUGAUCUCCGUAUUCAUCCACAAGAUGUCUUGCAAAGGAGCAAAGACUGUGACCUCAAAGUCCAUUAGCUGCAGGAGUCGCUGUGGUUCGAUAGCCUAUCCACGCAAAGCCUACAGUAUCUGUGGAGGUAGCACCCGCUCCUCUUGCUUUUUCAGAACUGGAGGAUACGGUAAAGGAUUUGGUGGAGGAUAUGGUCUUAGUAGGGGAUGCGGUUUUGGUGGAGGAUCCCAUUUUGGUGGAGGAUGUGGUCUUGGUAAGGGAUCCGGUUUUGGUGGAAGAUCUGGUUUUAGUGGAGGAUCCGUUUUUGGUGGAGGAUGCGGUUUUGUUGGAAGAUCUGGUUUUAGUAGAGGAUGCGAUUUUCUUGGAGUAUUCAGUACUGGUGGAGGAUCUGGUUUUGGUGGAGGAUCCAGUUUUGGUGGUGGAUACGGUGGAUUUGUGGGAGGUGAGAAGGCCACCUUGCAGAACCUGAACGACCGCCUGGCAUCCUACCUGGAGACGGUGCACUCUCUGGAGUCUGCCAAUGCCAUUCUGGAAAGGAAGAUCUGUGAGUUCUAUGAAAGGAAAGCAGCAAUCCCACAGAGGGACUACACCCCCUACUUGUGCGAAAUUAAGGACCUGCAGAACAAGAUUAUCAUUGCUACCACCGAGAACGCCAACCUCCUCCUGCAGAUUGACAACUCCAAACUGGCUGCUGAUGACUUCAGGGCAAAAUAUGAGCAUGAGUUGGUGAUGCGGCAGUAUGUGGAGGGCGACAUCGCUAACCUGCGCCGCUUGCUGGACCAGACGAACAUGGCAAAGUGUGAACUGGAGAUGCAAUUGAGGAGUCUUGAGGAUGAGCUGGCAUGUAUGCGUAAGAAUCACCAAGAGGAGCUGUGUGCACUGAGGGCUCAGCUGACAGGUACAGUGAAUGUAGAGGUUGAUGCUGCUCCUCAGGAAGACCUGAAAAAGGUUCUGCAGGAGAUUCGUGCUCAUUACGAGAACAUCAUACAGAGACACCGCAGGGAACAGGAAGAGUGGUUUAAUGACCAGAUGGCAGGGUUGAAUAUACACAUGGAAAAGUGCACAGAGGACAUGGCAAAAUACAGAUCAGAGAUCACAGACCUACGAACCACCUUACAGAGUUUGGAGAUUGAGCUACAGUCUCAAAUCAGCAUGGUAGCAGCACUGGAGAAGACGCUAAUGGAAACAGAGGCUUCGUACAGCUCUAUGCUAGCCUGCUUCCAAAAUCAAAUCAACAUGCUGGAAGCCGAGUUGGCUCAGCUGAGAGCAAGCAUUGAGCAACAGGGACGAGAUUACGCCGUGCUGCUGAACAUCAAGGCUUGUCUGGAGCAGGAGAUUGCCACCUACAGGUGCCUCCUGGAAAAACAAGACAUUAAGUAAGUUUGUUCCCCCAUAAACGUUGAUGUGAGUUCAAAUCAGUGAAACAUGGAUUACAUUAUGUUGUCCAGGAAUAGCUUCAUGAAUUAAAUUCUUCUUCCUCUUACUCUCCCAGGUGUCCAUUUCCAGGUAAUUGAAAUCUC